AUGGACGCUCAACUUCAUGGCGUCACCUUUCCUCGCGCGUCGUUACCCGCAUCCGCGCACUCGUUCGGUUCAGCCCAGGUCGACACCAGGGUCGGCCCAGCCCAGAUCGAUCCCAGGAUCGGUUCGGCCUCAGCUUCAUCCGGUGCGACCCUGCGGUCGCCUGGCGACGGGGCGUCAGCAUCGCAACGUGAUUUCGAGAUGCGAGAGCUGUUUCGAGAGUACUCGAGCAUCUUGGCGUCAAGCGACACGGCAGCAGCCAUCAAGGCAAGGCUAGCAGCCGUCUCUACACAUGCAAUCAUUCUCUAUGCCAUCUCUAUGGCUCAUAAGAACUCCGCUUUUGUCCCCUCGUCCCCUUUUUUGCCCUUCCGGUCAGGCAUCUUGGCGUCAAGCGACACAGCAGCAGCCAUCAAGGCGAGGCUCGCAGCCAUCUCGGCGUGUGCAAGCUCGCAAGGCCUCACAGGAGCGUGGGAUCCACGAACGUGGUGCCAUGCGGUGGAAUCACCUGUAAAGACUGACUCGUUAUCUGUCAACGUCUCACCUGCUGAUUCCUCCUGUCCUCUCCACUUUUAUCUCCUCCCCACCCCUCCCGUCCUUCUCCCUCCCCACACCUGUCCCCCUCUCCCUCCCCACCUCUCCCCUCCCUCUCCUUCCCCACCUCUCCCCUCCCUCUCCCUCCCCACUCCUCCCCUCCCUCUCCCUACUCCUCUCCUUUCCUUCCUUCUGUUCCACCUCCUCCCCUCUGUGCAGAGCUAUGUCCCUUCCCAGUCUCCACAGAUUACGGCACUCAAUCCUCUGGGCGGGCACGCAUUCCGUGUGUUUUACAAGUUCGUUUUCUUCAUGAGCCGAGAGCAGGGGCAGAAGGGCGUAGACGUGGCAACAGCUGUGGAGGCGUGGAGAUUUGCCCUAGCGGGUGUCUUCCCCCUUGUGGAUUCUUGCAGUAUUCUGUAUCUGGCAGCAGGCGCUGGCUGGAUUCCAGCUCUCCCGUCCGGCUCUCCCAACUCCGUCCUCUCCUCUCACCCUCACCCUCUCGCCUCAUCUCGUUCCCCUCCGGCUCUCCUAUCUUCCCUCCCACAGCUGCACCAGCGGUAUGCAGUCUCAGAGGACACGUGGCAGCAGGUGCUGGAUUUCAGCUGCACGAUUGGCGCUGACCUCAGCAUGUAUGACUCGGAUGGGGCAUGGCCAGUGCUGAUUGAUGAGUUUGUGGAAUGCUACUCCAGGAGGGAGCAUCUGGGCUUGUCUUGCGACGUGUGUGGGCGUCGCCCUUCGGUGCUCCUGCGUUCUCCCUCGUCCCAUGCAUUCCGCCAGCGCGCCGUGGACAGUGGAAGCGGCUUCAGUUCUUUCAACGAGGCCCGGUGGUUAACCACCAACGGCGGUGCCACCACAGCCACCCCUAAUUUCACCGAUGCAGAAAUGGCAGACGAUCCUUUAUCCUCGUUACAAGCCGCCUCGUCUACACCUUCCGCGUUGCUAUCAGCGCUCUCGGUACAAGCAGGGCGAGGAGGAGGGGGGAGUGAGAGGGUGAAGCGGUGUUGGCGGGAUGUGAGGGAGGAGACGGAGCAGAGGGAGAGGAUUGAGUCGAUAUCGCUUAAGAUGGCUCGGCUGAGUCCGCCCAAUGGAGACUGCAAGAGACAACGCGUGACUCAGUGUGGUGACGUGACUGGAGGAGUAGGGGGAGCAGGGAGUGAGAGGGUAAAGCGGUGUUGGCGGGAUGUGAGGGAGGAGACGGAGCAGAGGGAGAGGAUUGAGUCAAUAUCGCUUAAGAUGGCUGGGCUGAGUCCGCCCAAUGGAGGCUGCAAGAGACAACGGGUGACCCAGUGGUGA